GCUGCUUCGCCAACCCGGCGCCCGCCCAGCUGGAGAGGGCCGCCCCUUUGGGCGCCGCCCCCGCCUCCCCCGCCGAGGGGCCGCCCCAGGAAGCGGAGGCCGGCCGAGCUGCUCCCCCCUCCCGGCGAAGCUCCGGGGCACCGCGCGGCUUCCUCCGCCUCCUCCGCCAGGCCUGCUCCGUGCCCGGCGGGCGCCUCCAGUGCGCGGGCAGAGCGGAUCGCGCCCCUCGGCAGCAGCGGCGUCCCCAGCCCGGCCGGAGCGCAGCGCAGCAGCAGGAGGAGGAGGAGCGGCGGGCCGGGCAUGCCCUGAGCGGCCGGGGGGCUCCGGGCCGGCCAUGCGGCGAGGCGGGGGCGGCCGGCGGGGGUCUCGGCCCGCCCGCCUUUCCCGCUGAGCGCCUCUCCUGCGCGCCGCCCGCGCCUCCGCUGCCCAUGGCUCUGGCGGCUCCGGCGGGGGCUCCGGCGGGGGUCCCGGGCGCGGGCGCUCCGGCGGCGGGCUGGCCGCCCUGGUACCACAAGGACCUGAGCCGGGCGGCGGCCGAGGAGCUGCUGGCGCGGGCCGGGCGGGACGGCAGCUUCCUGGUGCGAGACAGCGAGAGCGUGGCCGGCGCCUUCGCCCUCUGCGUGCUGUUCCAGAAACAUGUCCACACCUAUCGGAUUUUACCUGACGAAGAAGAGUUCCUGGCCGUCCAGACGUCCCAGGGCGUCCCAGUGCGGCGUUUCAAGACGCUGAGCGAGCUGAUUGCCCUCUACCUGCAGCCGAACCAGGGCCUGGCCUGCACUCUGCUCUUCCCUGUGGAGCGGGAGAAGGAGAAGGAGAAUGCGGAGGAGAGGGACUACUCAGACGGGGAGGAUGAGAAGCCCCCCCUGCCCCCCCGCUCAGGCUCCACCAGCAUUCCUGGGGGCAGCAGCAGCAGCGCCUCCAUCUUGAUGACAAACAGCCCUGCAGGGCAGGACAGAGCCCUCGAAAGCCCCACCAACGGACUCAGCACCAUUUCCCACGAAUACCUGAAAGGCAGCUACUCCCUGGACUUGGAGGCGGUGAAGGGAGGGGCCAGCCACCUGCCCCACCUGAACAAAACGCUCGUGACCUCCUGCAGGCGCCUGCACAGCGAGGUGGACAAAGUCUUAGCAGGCCUGGAGAUCUUGUCCAAGGUGUUCGACCAGCAGAGCUCCCCGAUGGUGUCUCGGAUCCUUCAGCAGGCUGCCGGGCAGACAGGCGAGCAGGAGUUGGACACUCUGGUCUUGAAGCUGUCCAUCUUGAAGGACUUCCUCUCCAAUAUUGAGAAGAAGGCCCUCAAAGCUCUUCAGAACAUGAGCUCCACUUCCCAGCCUGGGCAGACUCAGUCCUCUUUUCGCAAAGCGAAGAGCAUCCCGGUUCAGACGUUCGAGGUGAAGCUGGACCUGACCUUGGGCGAUCUCACCAAAAUCGGGAAGUCGCAGAAGUACACCUUGAGUGUGGAUGUGGAAGGGGGGAAGCUGGUGGUCCUCAAGAAGCAGAAGGACUCCCAGGAGGACUGGAACACCUUCACCCACGAUAAGAUCCGCCAGCUGAUCAAAUCCCAGCGGGUGCAGAAUAAACUGGGGAUCGUCUUUGAGAAAGAGAAGGACAAGACUCAGCGGAAGGACUUCGUCUUCGUCAGUGCCAGGAAGCGAGAGGCCUUCUGCCAGCUAUUGCAGCUGAUGAAGAACAGACACUCCAACCAGGAUGAGCCAGAUAUGAUCUCCAUCUUCAUUGGCACCUGGAACAUGGGCAGCGUCCCCCCCUCCAAGAACAUCACCUCCUGGUUUGCCUCGAAGGGGCUGGGCAAGACCCUGGACGAGAUGACUGUCUCCAUCCCCCACGACAUCUACGUCUUCGGCACCCAGGAGAACUCCAUGGGGGACAAGGAGUGGGUGGACUUCCUGCGCGGCGUCCUCAAGGACUUCACGGAGAUUGAGUACCGGCUGAUUGCCAUGCAGUCCCUCUGGAACAUCAAAAUAGCCGUCCUGGUGAAGCUGGAACACGAGAACCGGAUCAGCCAUGUGGGCACCUCCAGCGUGAAAACCGGCAUCGCCAACACUCUGGGCAACAAAGGGGCCGUCGGGGUCUCGUUCAUGUUCAAUGGCACCUCCUUUGGCUUCGUCAACUGUCACCUCACCUCCGGCAACGAGAAGACCGCCAGGAGGAACCAGAAUUACCUGGACAUCCUGCGCCUGUUGGUGCUGGGGGACAAGCAGCUGAGCUCCUUCGACAUCUCCCUCCGCUUCACCCACCUCUUCUGGUUCGGGGACCUCAACUACCGCCUGGACAUGGACAUCCAGGAGAUCCUCAACUACAUCAACCGCAAGGAGUUUGAGCCCCUGCUGAAAGUGGACCAGCUCAACCUGGAGAAGGAGAAGCACAAGAUCUUCCUGCGAUUCAGUGAGGAGGAGAUCAUCUUCCCUCCCACCUACCGCUACGAGCGGGGGUCCCGCGAUACCUACGUAUGGCACAAGCAGAAGCCCACAGGGGUGAGGACCAAUGUCCCCUCCUGGUGUGACCGCAUCCUUUGGAAGUCCUACCCAGAGACCCACAUCAACAGCAUCUCCUAUGGCUGUACGGAUGACAUCAUGAGCAGCGACCACUCGCCAGUCUUUGCAGCCUUUGAAGUUGGAGUCACCUCCCAGUUCGUUUCCAAAAAAGGACUCUCCAAGUCCUCAGACCAGGCCUACAUCGAGUUUGAGAGCAUCGAAGCCAUUGUGAAGACAGCCAGCAGGACUAAAUUUUUCAUCGAAUUCUACUCCACGUGUCUGGAAGAGUUCAAAAAGAGCUUUGAGAACGAUUCCCAGAGCAGUGACAACAUCAACUUCUUGAAGGUCCAGUGGUCCUCCAGACAACUGCCCACGCUCAAGCCGAUCCUCUCUGACAUUGAAUACUUGCAAGACCAGCACAUCCUGUUGACCGUCAAGUCUCUGGAUGGCUACGAGUCCUACGGAGAAUGCGUCAUCGCCCUCAAAUCCAUGAUCGGCAGUACGGCCCAGCAGUUCCUCACCUACCUCUCCCACCGGGGGGAGGAGACGGGCAACAUUCGGGGGUCCAUGAGGGUUCGGGUCCCGGCAGAACGGAUGGGAACUCGUGAGAGGCUGUAUGAAUGGAUCAGCGUCGACAAAGACGAGACCGGAGCUGCUAAGGGGAAGCUGCCCCAUCCGGCCUCACGGACCAAUCUGGAGCACACCAAAUCCGUUGGGCGGAAACAUUCCUUUGAGGAAAGUCCCAUCUGUCCCGUUGGGAAGCUUUUAGAGGAACAGGAGAAGGCCAGUGUCCUGGCAACCAGCCGCCCACCUGCUCCACAUCGUGGCAGCUCCAAGGAGGAGGCCUCACCAGGCAGGUCGAAGCAGGAGGUGGCUACGGACCCCGAGGGCCCCCCGCCGAAGAACAGCUUCAACAACCCUGCUUAUUACGUGCUGGAAGGGGUCCCCCACCAGCUCCUGCUCCCAGAGUUGUCUCCGGCGACCUCGGCCAAACCCCCCACCCCCCGGAACAAAGUCCAGAUCACGGUGCCCAUCCAGCCGGAGUCCUGGCGGCCCCCACAGCCGCCCUCUCAGCGGGCCGAGGAGAACGCGGAAGAGGAAGAGUCGGGGGUCCUCAACCUGCCUCCCCCAGACUUCCCGCCCCCUCCCUUACCCAAAUCGGUGGCCUUGGAGAUGGCGGAAGGAGUCUUCUACAGCCCGGUGGGCGUCCGAGGAGAGGACCCCCUGGCCGGCAAGCCACGGGCCACCGUGGUCUUCAGCGAACCCCUGAAGGCCAAGCCCCCCAAGCUGCACCCCAGGCCAGCCCCGUCCCUGGGGGCGGGGUACCUCCUCGACCCCCCCGGCGGGCCCCAGGUUGGCCCGGGCAUCCUGGACGACCGCUCCUGCUCCGUGCUUCAGAUGGCCAAGACCCUCAGCGAGGUGGAGUACUCCAGCGGGGGCGGCCUGGGGAGGGAGCAGGCGGGCCGGCCCCCCUCCCACCCCGGGACCAAAGCGAGGCUGGAUCUGGCCCACCGCUGCCUGGCGCCCGACUACAGCCGCCCGGUGACCUUUCCUGCCCGCUCCAUCCGGGAGAGCAUUGAAGAGGACCUGGCGGAAGAGGCCCUCACCCAGGAGGGCCCGAGUGCCAGCUCCAGGCGCAGCGAGUCCAGCGUGGGGGAGUGGCUGAGGGCCAUCAGCAUGGAGCGAUACGAGGAAGGCCUCAUCCACAACGGCUGGGACGACCUGGAGUUCCUCAGUGAUAUCACCGAGGAAGACCUGGAAGAGGCCGGGGUGAUGGAUGCUGGCCACAAGCAGCUUCUCCUGGAGAACCUCCGGCUGAAGAAAUAGCCGGGACUGCUGGGGGCGACGUUGGCCCGCUCGCCAGAUGUGCCUUCUCUUUCCGGUUUCACCCUCUCCCCCCUUACAGCUGCCCACCAAGGCUCCAUCUGCCUUCUUUUCCGGCCCCCUGGAGGGGCGGAUUGAAGCCCACCUGCGGCCUGCAGCCCCCGUUUCCAGAUGUGCCAGGGACAUCGUUGCUCCUGGAGAACCGGGGGCGGGGGGGUGGGGUGUCCAAGCAUCUGGAAGGCGACAUGGCCUCGGCCUGUACGUGGGUUGAGGCUGCCCUGGGUUAAGUUAUUCUUAUUUAUUGCCACGCAAGAAGGACCCCCCCCCAUGCUUUUAUCCUUACAGAACCACAUUCCCCAUCCAGCCUAAUUUCACAUCUGUCCUGGGAGGGGGGGGGUUCCCAGGAGAAGGCCACUUCCCCCCCCCCCCAGAGCUGCUGAUCGGGAAACCAGUGGCUCCAGGCUGCCAGCGGGCGUCCCUUUUGGGACCACCAGUCACACACACACACACACACCCCUUCAAUUCAGAGAUUGGAGGCAGCCAGUGGAAACUCCCUUUAUUUCCCGGGGUGGGGCAGAAAUUGGGACAGGGAGCGCAAAGGACGUUCCAGAGCCCGUUUCUCACACCCCCCCUCCGAGAAAGGACUCGUGGGAGGUGAAUUGUCACGUUGCUGCUGACGGUCAGCUUUUCUUCUGCGACCCGCUUUGGGCCGUGGCUCUUUUCCAUGUCCCAUCAUUUCACGUUUCCGGGAAACUUUUGCAAAGUUUUUCAAAGUCCAGCUAGAAAUCUCUUUUUUUUUUUUUUCCCUACGAAAAAUCUCUUGCUUUGAGAGCAUUUUAAGCCUUAAACCAGGGGUGUCCAGACCUUGGCCACUGGAAGACUUGUGGACUUCCCACUCCCAGAAUUCCCCAGCCAGCCAUGUCUGGCUGGCUGGGGAAUUCUGGGAGUUGAAGUCCACAAGUCUUCCAGUGACCAAGGUCUGGACCCCUCUGCCUUAAACCGCCAUACAUCUCCUCCCUUGAGGGUUUUAACCGUCCCGUGGACGACAAUCUCCAGAUUAAACUCAGGUAGCCUCCAGGAAAGAAGACACACACACACCCUUGAGUGGCAGUGCCAAGUCUGGUAGAAUGCUCUUGGACAACUGAGCUGCUGGAGCCAUGGACCACCACAUCUCCAUGAGGUCCUCCACCCUGCCUGGCAGAAGCUGCUGGUUCUCCAGAACAACCCAUCACGAAGACGUCAACCCCUGGCGGAUGGACCAUACGCUGAGCAGCUGUGCAAGCUGCAGAGCUGGGAUCUCGGCCAAGGAUGGAAUCUUGUCUUGGGGAGAUCUAGUGAUGGUUGAUGCCAGAGGCGCGUUGAAGAGUCCCACCACCUUUGGAGGUCCACCAGCUUUGAGGUUCUCCUAUCCACCUUGUUCCUUCACGUCCUUUCAACCAGGGCUUUCAUCCAGCAGAUCCCAUCUCGGGCCAGCCUUCGUUCAUCUUGACUUGGGAGCGAUCUGGGGGGGGCAGGGGGGCUGCUCCCCUUACUCGUGCCAACUGCAGUGCCUGCAGAGUCCGUUUGGAUCCGGGUUCAAGGUAGCCAAAGGCCGGAAUCCAGGCCGUUGCCUUGGUUCUGCUCUUCUUUCUCUCUGGGGUGGGGGGGAUGUCCCCUUUGCGCCGUGCCUUAUUUUACACUAGGGAGGUGGGGGGGGAGGUGGAGAGGCAGGGGCUCCCUCCCCCCCCCCC